AUGGCGAAGCUAUUUAUCACUUUCUUCCUUCUCGCAGUUGCAGUUCAGGCCGCCCGAGAAGUCCCCGGCGGCAACGAAAACGCAAACGGGCUGAAAGACCAGAAAAAUUACUACUCCUACGGCGGGCUGGGCGGCACGAGUGGGAUGGGCAACGGCGGCCUCCCCUACGGCGGCGUCAUGGGCGGCAUGGGAACCGGCGGUACCAUCGGCGCCACUCCGUUCAACGGCGGCGUCGGCGGCGGCAUGGGGAUUGGCAACAUGGGCGCCGGAGGAAAUAAUUUGCCGGCUUUCGGUGGCGGAAAUAACAUGCCAGGGGGUUUCGGCGGCGUGGGAAAUAUGCCGGGUUUCGGUGGCGGCGCUGGCGGAGGUGGAGGUGGCGCCGGCGCCGGCGGUGCCGGUAACCUUCCGCUUCCCUGA